AUGACCGAAAAAGCAAGAGCAGAUGGUUUUCAAGUUCAGGAUUUUCUCAAGAAGAAAAAGAGGAGAAAACACAAAGAAUACAAUAAGGAACGUGAAAAUAAUGAAAGAGAAAGUAUACAAAAUGCAGAGCUUAGCCGUGCUUCUCCACUGAUGUUUGAAGAUCGAGCAGCACAGAGUGGUGAAGGCUGUAAAAAGAAGAAAAAACCCAAAAACAAGGGGGAGAAGCAACAGUCUUCGUUAGAUAAUUCUUGUGUAGGACUGGAACAUGAAGUUAGUAAUGAAACUGGAGUGGAUACUUCCCAAAAGAAAAAGAAGAAGAAAAAGCGGAAGUAUAGUGAUAGUGCAGGUGAGCAAAGUGAUAUAACUUGUGUCACAGUAAAUCAGCGUGGCACUGAUAGUUGUCAGGAUGGUGAUGCUGAUUACAUUUACUUAAAAAAAUCUGUUAAGAAGAAAAGAAAAGCUAGAUUGCCUGAAGAGGAUGAGGUAUGUGAGCUGCCUACCUCAGAAACAUGCGAUAAAAAUGAUGAUAAAAGAUCAGAAAAGAAGAGGAAGAAGAAAAAAGGCGGUAGUACCCAAAAUCUGCAGGAAGACACAGAUGCAGCUGUUGGCCAGUCACUGUUGUCAUCUCCAGAGCAAAACAGGCAAGGGGAAGACGCAGUCUUGCCGUUACCUACAGAAGAGGGUGGUGCGUCAACGCCCCGGCGAUGGCAUGAAGAUGGUGACUGUGAUGCUUCUUCUGCCAUGAGUGAAGAUUCUGUGAAUGUACCUGCUAAUUUUUCUAAGGCGACUGAAGCAGCUGAUCGAACUCCUCGAAAAACUCCAGUGUGUGCUAGAAAAGUAAAAAAAAGCAGCGUUUUUGUCAGGGAAGAAAGCUCUUCAGAAUCUGAUGCAACGACACUAGAGCCCUCGGCAUCAAAUAGAAAGGGGGUCCAGAAUAGUUCCUUUACUGAAAUGGCAACCUCUGAUGAGCUUAGUCUGGAUGGUGAAGAGUGCCUGGACUCUACCAUCUCUUCAGUCGUGGAUUUGGAUACUGCAAAACAAGAAUUGGAAGAGUUUAUUCCUCAUGUGAGGAAUAUAUCGGACAGCUCAAUCAGGAAGAUGGCUGGAAGAGACUUAAUGAGGUUUAAACAGUUUAAAAAACAAGGUAUUGCUGUCAAGUUUGGCAGAUUCUCCCAGAAGGAAAAUAAUCAAAUCCGGAAAAAUGUUGAAGAGUUCUUAUCGAUUACUGGAAUAGACAGUGCUGAAAAACUCCUGUUUACCUCGAGGUAUCCAGAAGAUAAAGAAACCAUCAAUCGCCUAAAAGCAGAACAUCUUUUUUGUGAAAAACUUUCUGAGGGCAUACCACGACCCUGGAGGCUGAUAUAUUAUAGAGCAAGGAAGAUGUUUGACCCAAAUAAUUAUAAAGGGAGGUAUACUAACGAAGAAAAAGAAAAAUUAAAGAAGUAUCAUGCACUUCAUGGCAAUGAUUGGAAGAAGAUUUCUGAGAUGAUGUCCCGUUCUAACCUCUCAGUUGCUAUGAAAUACUCUGAAAUCAAGUCGUCUAUUAAUUAUGGUCCUUGGUCAAAAGAAGAGACUCAGAAGUUAAUGAAUGCAGUGGAGGAGGUGAUUAGGAAAAGAACAGAAAUGGAAGAUGCAAAUUCUCUUUCAUCAUCGGAAAAGUCAUAUAGAGAUCUCUUGAUUGACCGUGAGAAACUGUGCCAGAAAUUACCAUGGACUGAGAUAGAAGCCAAAGUGGGAACUCGAUAUUGGAGACAGUGUAAACAGAAAUGGACUACAAUUUUAACAAACAAGAUGACCAAAGGGCAGCAGUUAUAUAGGGGGACCAAAGGAUUACAGGCCAAGAUCAAUCUUAUUAAAAGAUUGUAUGAAAUGAAAGUGGAUGAUGCUAAUGAAGUAAACUGGGAAGAACUCAGUAAUGCUAUUGGAGAUGUCCCUAGAGCCUAUGUUCAAGCAAAAUUUUAUAAGCUAAAAGUCUCCUGUGUCCCUUUUUGGCAAAGAAAGACUUUUUCUGAAAUUAUUGACUACCUUUUUCAAAAGAAACUUCCAGAAUUUGAAGAAAACUUAGCAAAAAGGAAGGAGAAACACCUUAGCUCUGACAAUUUAACAGCGAGCCAACAGAAGGCGGCUUUCCGACUCAGUGACAUUUUUGACUCCAGUGAAGAGAGUGAUUAA